AACGCAGUACAGUCAGAGCUGUUAGGAGAGGGAGACCCCCAGGUCUUACAGUAGCAGAAAACUUAAGACGAAAAGAAGAAUACUUGAGGGAGCGAGAAGAACGUUUAAGGGAAGAAGGAGUAAGGCGUUCAGACAGAUUGUCAAAGAAUUAUGAAACUCAUUUAGUGGAGAAUGUCCAAAUACCAUGCAAUUACGAUGAGGCGCGUAAUCAUAAAAAUUGGAAACAAUGGGAAAUCGCGAUGGAGGAUGAAUUAGCCUUCUUACAGAGACAUGAUGUAUGGGAUAUUUGUGAGCGUCCGAUAGGAGCUAAAACUGUUAAGAGUAAAUGGAUAUUCUCCGUUAAAGAGAGUGAGAACCAUAAAGUUAGGUACAAAGCAAGAUUAGUAGCUACAGGGUUUAAUCAAGUAAAAAUCCGGGAUUAUGAAGAGUCAUAUUCACCUGUCAUAAGUAUAGACGCUUGGAGAACUUUAAUAGCGAUAGCGGCUAAGAGGGAUUUAAAUGUAAGAUUUUUCGAUGUGAAAACUGCAUAUCUAUACGGCAAACUAGAGGAAACUAUAUAUAUGGAACCACCUCCUGGUUUCAAGGAUAUAUUCGAGAAGGGGGAGAUUUGUAGACUCAAAAAGAGCCUGUAUGGACUGCCCCAGUCAGGUCGAAAUUGGUACUACAAGCUAAAGGAGGAACUAUCAAAAAAUGGUCUUAAACCAUUGGCCUCUGAGAACUGCAUAUUUUAUAAUUCUAAUGAGUCUUGUUUUUUUUGUAUUUGGUGCAUACGUAGAUGAUUUUAUCACUAUUGAUAAUAACUCCGAGACUUGCAGUAGGAUUAUUGAGUCAUUACAAAGGAAAUUUGACAUUGUAGAAACUACUAAAUUAAAGCGAUUCUUAGGAAUGAGAGUAGAUUACGAUAAUGCAGGCAUAUAUAUUAGUCAAAGCGAAUAUAUAGAAAAACUAUUGAACAAAUAUGGUAUGUCGGAAUGUAAGCCAGUUAAUACCCCGAUUGUAACAGGCGAGGAUGGAAUGCAUGUCGAAGAAAGCGAAAGUUAUGAUAUUAACGAAUAUCAAGAGUUAAUUGGAGAGCUAUUGUAUUUGGCCAACAGAACUAGACCCGAUAUUGCGUUCGUGACAUCCUAUUUAUCGCAGUUUAACCAUUGUCCGAAAAAACGGCAUUACGUACUAGGUAAAAGGGUUUUGCGUUACCUGAGCGGAAGCAAAUACAAGCGACUUGAAUAUGAUCGUAAAUUUGGACGACUGAGAGCUUAUUCCGAUUCCAGCUGGGGGAAUGCAAGUAAUGGUAAAUCUUUCUCAGGGGGAGCAAUAUUCAUUGGCAAUUCUCUUAUAUCAUGGAAAUGUAAGAAACAAAGGACCGUGGGUAAUUCUACAUGCGAAGUGGAAUUAUUUGCCGCUUCUGAAGUUGUAAAAGACGUUAUGUGGAUACGGAAUAUGCUCACGGAGUUAAAAUGUAUUGAAUAUGUUGACAAACCUACUCAACUAUUUUGUGACAACCAAGCUGCUAUUCAAUGGUUGAAGAAUGCGAGAUCCUCUACGAAAACGCGUCACGUUAAUCUUAAGUUUCAUUUUGUACGAGAGGAAGUAGAGAAUAAUACUAUUACUAUGUCAUACGUUGAUACAAACAAUAUGGUUGCGGAUUGCUUUACGAAGGGUGUGAGCAAAGAAAAAUUAGAAUGGUGCUGUAAUCAAAUGCGUUUAAUCGAUCUAAAUUAGCAUAAAUAAUCGCCUACCAUAAUAAUAAUCGAUUUGUAGGGGGAGAGUGUUAGAGUGAUCAAUCAGUGAUUGGUUGACAAACCGAGAUUAUGUUCGGCUGUGCGUCAUAGUCUAUGCCGUAGAUGGCAGUGCGAUGGCGAGUUUGUAAACGCGUGCGAUUUUCGACAUCUAUUGUAUCUAUCCUUUUCUAUGUGAGCUCUCUCUUUGCACGUUCGUCUCCGGCCACGCGGUUGUGUGCAUUGUGCGUGUCUCAACGCCAGUUCCUUUUACAAUAAAAAUUGUUCUACCAGGAGUGUCGAUCUACUUGUCCUCGAUCCGUUCCCAACAAAUGCAACUAUCGCACGCGCGACUCAUCCGACCGGCGAAAUCGGUGGCUUUACACAAGUCUCGUUCGUAUCACCACGACGCUGGCUGCUCCUCUACGUUCGUCCGUGAACAGGGGUACGGCUCGUCCCUGAGCGUCGGCGGCUCCCGUUGUCUCGGCUGAGGGUCGGACCCCGGCGACGAUCCACAGCGAAGUGGAUCGAAUCGAUAGCGCGAGGAAAUUCGGCAGGCGGCACGCAGGAUCUCUCACCCCACGCACGGGGGUUUAUCGCGCCGCGCUAUUGGUUCCGCCUUAUAACCGCGUCGCGGUCCUCGCGACCCUCUAAUCAGGCUGUCGCGCCGCGGCGCGCAAUUCGAGGUAGGUCAGUGUCUUCGGGCAGCUCGCGAUCCUUUCCGUGAUUUCCCCGAGGCCGGACGGCUACCCCGACGGACUCUUCGGUGUCCAGCGCCUCCGCGCUCGGGACCAAGUCAGGAACAUUUUCUCGCAGCUCCUCGUUCGGGGUCUCCUACGCGAUGAUCUGCGUGGAGUGUCGACGUCCCCUACGUCGGACCUUCCCUCUUUGCGUCCUGCAAUUUCAGCGGCCUUCCUGUUGCGUACAGGCGCGACGGUAAGAGGUAACGUAAUUAAAUGAAGAAAGAUCACCUGUCGUGCGCGCUACUGCGAUCCUGCGAUCCUCCCUCUUGCAGUCUGCUCGCCGAGUGAGAAUUCGUCGAUACAAAAAAAAAAAAAUGAAUAUCUGC